AUGAUUUUGGCGGAAAAAUUCUUUCGCACUGGCUCGCGCCUUUCGGCUGUGGUGCAUCCCGCUGGUUUUCCUGCUCGCUCCUCGGCCGGGCUCGACGCUGCGCCUGCGACGCUGCCAGCGAUGCACCCACUCUCCAACUCCUCUCCCGACGCAAUCGCCGCGUGGCUGCGCGCGCACACGCCAUCGGACUGGGCAGAGGAGGCGUGCGAGGAGCAGCUUCGCGCCGAGUGCUGGGCCCUCGGCACCAUCAAGUGGUGCGGCGAUAAGUUGGCAAAGACACUGCACAGCACCGACUGGGCGAGCGCCGAGGUGCGCAGCGCGCGGCUUGCUGAGCUGGAGAGGCGGCGCGAGGAGGCGGCGCUGCCGGGUGUGUCGGUGGUGGUGGUCGGCAACACGGGCGCCGGCAAGCGAGUGCUGCCCACGAACGGGAUGCGCGCGUGCACGGCGGCGCUGAUCGAGCUGCGGCACGAGGAGAGCGAGAAGGCGGCGCCAGAGUACCGCGGCGAGGUCGAGUUCCUCUCGCAGGCUGAGUGGGACAAGGAGCUCACCGACCUGCUCGACGACCUCACGCCCAACGAUGGGCCGAACGAGGGCCGCGUCGCCGUCUCGGAGGCGGCGCGCGGCCGCACGCACGCCCUCGGGACCGUCAAGGCGGUGACGGCGCCGGACGCCAAGGCCUUCCGCCGCCAGCUCGAGGCCUUUAUGGACUCGACUUCGGACCUCGUCAACUGCAGAGGCCGCUGUGCGCCCGACCGCUUCGGGCGGCCGCAGUGCUUCUGCGGCAACUACUGGCCGAUCGUCAAGCAGUGGCGCGUCCUCGCGACGGGCGCCGUCCUCGUCGACGCGCCGGGCGCGCGCACGCGGCGAGCCCCUCUCUCUGCGCGGCGCGGUCUGGGCGAGGCGGGGAGGGUGCGGCGCGUAGGCGUGCACGACGACAACUCUGCACGCGACGCCGUCGUCAAGCGCAAGAUCAAGGAGGCGGACGCCGUCUGGAUCGUCUCCAACAUCGUGCGCGCCGUCAACGACAAGACUGCAAAGGACCUCCUCGGAGAGCACUUCCGGAGGCAGCUGCUGAUGGACGGGCAGUUCGGCGCCCUCGCCUUCGCGUGCCGCUCGCUCAAGCUGCCGCGCGACACGACGCUCCGCGCCUGCGCCGAGGCGCGCAAUGCUCCGCGCGGCGGGCCACCUCGGCCGCUCUCGGCUCACCUCGGCCGAUCUCGGCUCACCCUCGACUCAUCUCCCGCCGAGGCGCGCAACGAGUACACGGCGGGCCGGCUGCGCAAGGACUUCCACGCGGGCCUCCGCGAGCUGGCGGAGCAGGCGGGCGAGGCGGACGCGGCGGCGCUCACCGCCCGCUUCGAGCUGCCCGUCUUCGCCGUCUCGUCCGUCGACUACCAGAAGCUCGCAGGGCUGCGGCCGGGGGACGGGCCGCCCCGCGUGCGCUCGCAGGAGGAGAGUGGCAUCCCGCGCCUCGCUCGGCACGUGCGGCGGCAGGCGCUCGUCCGUCGCAGGGAGAUCUCGCUCCGCCGCUGCCUCGGCAUGCGCGACUUGGCGCGCUCGUCCCUCACGCUGCUCGAGUGUGAGUCGCGGCUGCCGCAGGCGACGCGCGACUCUCUCCGCGCCGCGUACGACCAGCGCGCCGCCGAGGCGCAGCGCCGGCUCAAGGCGGCGUGCAAGGCGGCCGAGGACGCCGUGCGGGCCUCCUUCGACACGCAGGUCGCGCCGCAGCUGCAGCAGGGCGCCGCCUCCGCCGCCUCCGAGGCGCUCUCCACCGCCGGGGCGUGGGGCAUCUCCGUGACGCAGGGCGGGCUGCACUGGGCGACGUACAAGGCGACCACGCGCCGGCACGGCGUCUUCCGGCUCAACAUGAACGAGGCGCUGACGGCGCCCAUCCUCAAGGCGGUGUCGGUGCAGUGGGAGCGCGCCUUCCUCUCGGGCCUCCAGACGACCCUCGACUCGCUCCGCGACGAGGUGCGCGCCGCGCUCGACGCCUUCCACGCCUCCUUCACCGCCGCCCUCGCGGACGCCUCCGUCCCGUCCGCCGGCCUCGGCGCCGCUCCGUGCGACUCGCUCGUGUCGGCGCUCGCCGGAGUCCUGUCCGAGGUGCGCGAGGCGGCGCAAAAGCAGCAGCGCGAGCUCUCGCGCGGCAUCGAGCCGAUCGUGCAGGGGCGGAUGCUGCCCGGGUACGACACCGCCACCGCCGAGGCCGGCACCGGCUCCCACCGGCGGCGCGUGGCCAUCCUCGAGCAGCACGUGCGGGCGGAGGCGCCGAAGAUGUUUCGUGCGGCCGCGGACGGCGCGCCGUCCGACUGCAUCAUCUCCAAGCUCGAGGAGAUGCGAGACGGCCUCGGCAAGACGCUCGAGCGGGAGGUGCUGCAGCGGACCCUCUCCGGGUUGCGCUCCGCCUACGCGCCCGCGUGGGACGAGGUGGGCGAGAGCACGCUGCAGGCGCGCCGCAAGCUCGCGCCCCCCUGCCGCGAGGUGCUCAUCGCGGCCAACGACGCCGCAGCGGACACCAUCGAUCUCGACGACUUGCCGGCCGACGACUGCAGCGCCAUGCCAGACACGGAGCAGCCGCAGGGGGCUGCGCCGGUCGGAGGCAUGCCGAAGUCGAAAUCUGAGGUGCUGUUUUGUUCAAAGCCGCACCACCUCUACUCAGAUCCGACCUCGUUCGACGGCACCGACCUUUCCCCGAUCAUGUUGCCAAACAACGGCUUCAUGGAGGUGGUAGAUCGAUUCAUCUCGAUUCCCGCCAUCCCGCGUACCCUCGGCGACAUCGCGGCCGCUACGGAGACGCAGCCCAGUAAAUGA